CGGAAAGUAGCAACAGCCGGGGAAUCACGAGUCCGUAGAGAGUUGCCUGUGCCGGAAGUCUGUGGUUUCGGUCUGGGGCUCACAGGGUAAAGAAAGGAUUAUUAUAACACAGGUUCAGGGCCUUAAUAAUCAUGAUGAGCAAUAUUGUUUCCCCUUACAUGGGACUGCUCUCAGAUGAUGAGGAGAACCCAGUGUUUGAAUCGACAGCAGCAGAAUGUGGGGCCGGAAUCCGAAAAGCACUUUUAUCUGACUUCUCUGUCAUCUCACCGGGACUGGGCCACCCUCCCCAGCCUGUGCCAGAGGAAAAAAAUGAGAAAGUCAUGGUUUACGUGAGGAUUCGACCUUUUGUAGAUGGGGAGUUGCAGAAAAAGGAGGAUCAGGGCUGUGUUGAGGUGGAGAAUGAGGAGACCCUGGUCUUGCGUGCUCCUAAAGAUUCCUUUGCAAUGAAGAAUACAGAACGUGGACUGGGACAGAGUGUGCACAAAUUCACUUUCUCUCAGAUAUUUGGACCAGAAGUGGACCAGAAGCAGUUUUUUGAUGGAACAAUGCGACAAGUAGUAAAGGAUGCUCUGAAUGGGCAGAACUGGCUAAUUUAUACCUAUGGAGUUACUAACUCUGGCAAAACCUACACCAUACAAGGGACUAGCAAGGAUGGGGGUAUUCUGCCGCGCUCCAUUGCACUUAUCUUUAACAGUUCACAAGAUCGCCUCUACAAAAGCUCAGAACUCAAACCUCUUUCCAAUGAGGUGAUGUGGUUGGACAGCAAACAAGUGAGGCAGGAAGAACUUAGGAAAGUUUCACUGCUGUCUAAUCUGAGAGAGGAAGAGCUUGUAACCCCCAUGAAAAGAAGUGUUAAUGAAUCCAGGGCUGGCACAAGCAUUAGCUUUGACAGUGGCAUUGGGGGACUUUCUUCUACAAGUCAGUUUGUCAAUCAGACCAGUAGCCAGCUAGAAGAAACCUGUUCACGUUGGUGUGACCAAGAAGUAGUAUCACUACAGGAGGCUGCUGAUGGUCAACUCUCCAUCUGGGUAUCCUAUUUUGAAAUUUACAACGAGUUUGUUUAUGAUUUAUUGGAGUUUCUGCCAUCUGGUCCAAACCGUAAACGAACCACAUUGCGACUAUGUGAGGACAGGAAUGGGAAUCCAUAUGUGAAAGAUCUUACCUGGAUAAAUGUACACAGCGCUGAAGAAGCCUGGAAGAUCCUGAGAGUUGGAAGGAAAAACCAGAGUUUUGCCAGCACUCACUUGAACCAAAACUCUAGCCGGAGUCACAGUAUCUUUUCCAUUCGGAUUCUCCACUUGCAAGGAAAAAAUGAUAUGACGCCUAAAAUAAGCGAGCUUUCGUUCUGUGACUUGGCUGGAUCUGAGCGCUGCAAAGAUCAGAGAAGUGGUGAGCGUCUCAAAGAAGCAACCAACAUUAAUACCUCCCUGCAUACUCUGGGCCGUUGCAUUACAGUACUGAGACAGAACCAGCAGCAAAAGUUGCGUCAAAACGUGGUCCCUUUCAGGGACAGUAAGCUGACCCGCAUAUUCCAGGCAUAUUUCACUGGGCGCGGAAGGUCUUGCAUGAUCGUGAACAUUAAUCAGUGUGCUUCUACAUAUGAUGAGACACUUUAUGCCAUGAAAUUUUCAGCGAUUGCGAGCCAGUUGGUUCAAGCUCUACCAGUGAAAGUGAACAUUCCAUCCAUUCAGUCCCUCAUCAAGGAAAGCAGCAUGCUGGCCAAUCGCAGUUGCACAGAGGAGGAAGAUGCCGAAGAGAAUUCCGAUGAAGAAAAUGAGGAAACCGAUAUUACAAAAUUUAACAGAGAAGAGUUAUUACAAGUUAUUGAGAACAUGAAGGAGCUAAUUGUAAAGGAGCGUCAGGAGAAGCUGAACAUGGAGAUGCAAAUCCGUAAGGAAGUUUGUAGCGAAAUGAUGGAUAUGAUGCAACAGCAGCAGAAACAGCAUAGUCAGAGUCUGGAAGAUGAGCGAGAAUUGGUAGAAGAUAUCUAUGAGGGUCGACUGGAGAACCUUAAAGAAUCUCUAACAAAUUAUUACAGAAGGGAAUUGGAGGAAAGAGAUGAGAAGAUUGAGGAACUGGAAGCUGCUUUGAAGGAAGCGAGGGAGAGUAUCCAUCCUAUGACAAGUCAGUCAACACUAAGAGAGGAAAGUCUCUCAGUCAGAAGGUCUAAGCGAUUAGCAUCAGCUGAAGCAUCCAACCCAGAAAAGUUUAAACAAGAGAUCCUGAAUCUGAAAAUGGAGCUGCAGUCAAAGAAUGAGGAAAUGGAAAAGUACAAGAAAAUGCAAGAGCCUCCGGUCUCUGCCCGAUCAUACACAGCUGAUGUGGAUAAGAAAAUUGUGGAAGGGCAGAGAAAUGUAAGAUUAUUGCGCACUGAAUUGCAGAAGUUCGGGGAUUCUUUGCAGCAGGUGGACAGGGCAUGCUGUCAUACAACUGGAGCUGAGAACCUGAGACAAGCUCUUGGUACCUGUGAGGAUAUAUUAUCCAAACAGGAAAGGGCUCUGGCAGAACUUGAAAAUAACAUGGUGCUGGUGAAAAUGGACCUGAAGAAGAAGGCUGUUUGCAUUGCAGAGCAGUAUAACACUGUGCAGAAACUACAGGGUACCACUACUGGCUUCAAACGUUUCUGCAAUAAUGAGAACAUCCAGCCAAAUAACUCAGGGAAUAGACCAUUCCUACGCAACUUCCUAGCAAGGACCCCAGGAAACAAAGGACUAGCAGACAGUCCCUACAGCCGCAUAUUGCGUUCACGGAGAUCCCCUUUGUUAAAGACUGUUGCUUUUGGCACCACAUACUGAGUUUGAAGCAGUGCCCUAGCCUUGGACUUCUAGAUUUGAGUAUUAAGUCACUCAACUGUCUAAUGAUGCCUAUUCCUGUACAGUUUAUUUUAUUCUGCUAACCUUUGGGGGCAUGUAAACCCCCUUCCCCCCAAUACGCUUAGGUUUUUUUUUAUGACAUUGGGGUUCUUUGCUACUUCCACUAGGCACCACUGUGGCUAUUAUGUUAAAGCCCCAGUACAAACCUUCCAGGUUAUUCUGCAACAGUUUUACUAAUUUUUUUGAGGUGGCCAUAGUACAUUUGUGAUUCGCUAUGGGGUUUGAUGUACUGUUGGGUGGGUGCAUUCACAACCCGGGGUGGCACACUGCACAUAUGAUAAAUACUUGUCUUAGAUUAAUAGGCCUGGCCUUGCCCACUAAUAUGGAAAAACCCCAUUAUAAGAUGGCUGUGUGGCUACUGGCUGUGAUAAGCAGCAUAGCAACUCUUUACCAUAUAACAAAAAAAGUUAGCUUGCGUGUGAUCUCUACUUGCCAACGUGUGUCCUUCUCUUUACCAAAGAUCUAUGUACUGUAUAUGUGAUUGUAAUAUUCCAUACCACCAGAAACAGGAAUAUGUCGAUUUUAAUACAUAAGGGAAAAAAAGCUAGAUCUUUAUAUGAUUGCCUUUUGUUUUUACUGCAGUAUUUUACAGUAUGUUUGUUCUCUUGACACGUGCAAUAAUAGAAUGUAUGAUCUGGAAUAAAUCACUUUGUACAGUGUA